AUGGGUUCAGAACACACUCUAAAGCUUCCAGUAAUCGAUUUCACUGACCUGAAACUGGAAGCCAAAAGUCGUAAUUGGGAGACGGUAAAAUCACAAGUACACAAGGCACUAGUAGAGUAUGGUUGUUUUGAAGCAAUUUUUGAUAGUGUUCCUUUAGACCUUAGAAAAGCCUUGUUUGGUUCAAUUCAAGAACUCUUUGAUCUUCCUCUAGAGACAAAGAUGCUCAAUGUGUCUAAGAAACCUUAUCAUGGUUAUGUUGGGCAAUAUCCUAUGGUUCCACUCUUUGAAAGUAUGGGCAUUGAUGAUGCAAUUGUUCAUGAGAAAGUAGAAAGCAUGACCAACAUCAUGUGGCCUAAUGGAAACCCAAGUUUUAGCAAAACUAUACAAUCCUUCUCUGGGCAGCUAUCAGAGUUGGAUCAGAUUGUUAGGAAGAUGGUUUUGGAGAGCUUGGGUCUUGAGAAGUACUUGGAGGAGCACAUGAACUCAACCAAUUAUCUCCUCAGGGUUAUGAAAUACAAAGCCCCUCAAACCACUGACACAAAGCUAGGCCUCACCACACACUCAGAUAAGAACACAGUUACCAUUUUGUACCAAAAUGGAGUGGAGGGUUUAGAGGUUUUGACCAAAGAUGGAAAAUGGAUAAGCUACAAGCCUUCUCCUCACACUUUUGUUGUCAUUAUUGGUGACUCUCUCCAUGCAUGGUCAAAUGGGAGGUUGCAUUCACCCUUUCACAGAGUGAUGAUGAGUGGAAAUGUGGCAAGAUAUUCUGCAGGGUUGUUCUCUAUACCAAAAGGAGGGAGCAUAAUAAAAGCACCAGAGGAGCUGGUGGAUGAGGAACACCCUCUGCUUUUUAAACCCUUUGAUCAUGUUGAGUUUCUCAAGUAUUACUACACUGAACAAGGACAGAGAGACCAGUUUGCACUGCGCACUUACUGUGGUGUCUGACCACCCAUUGUUUGUUUUCUACAACUAUUGUGU